UUCUGGAGAAGUCACGUGUCCAGGUGAAAUAUAAGACAGGGUACGCUAGUAUCGGUGUGAUCACAACUCACCACCAACCUACAGAGCACUGCUGCUGUUUAGAACAAAAUGGGACUACUGCCGUAUGUGGAUAUAGUAGGUGAUGUCCAUUCAACUUAUCUCACAGAAGCUACCACUCCGGGAAAAAGUGGUAAUCUUCUGUCGAAGUCGAAACCGGACACGACAGACGGAGUAGACACAUCGGGUAUAAUCAUUGCCUCGAGUAUCUCCAUAGUUACCUGCAUCGUUUUCAUUGUAACGUGCACAAUAUGCCUCCGCCGGAAAAGGGUACUCCGCCGGAAGUUAGUACUUGGGCACAACUUGGUAGAGAUGCCUGCAUACAAUCCAUUCAGCAUAGCUUCUGUUCCAAACCAAACUAAACUACCUGACAGUGAAGAGCGCAUCGAAGCUGACAAAGACGUGAACGAAAACACAAGACUUGGUGCCCUAGAUAUGGACAUGGAACACCCCGGCUAUGGCGUGACUGAGAAACCUGGUUUCGGAAUAGAGGAGUGUGGCCUACGUAUACCUUUUUCUCGAAGUAGUUCAGAGGAGUCAGGGCAAAGUAGACCGUCAUCUUCACUUUCAGUUAAUGUACCAAGAAAGUCGCUAGCCACAUGCAGCGCUACCCAAAGUAUGGCUGAUCUACUCCUCCUUGAGUCGUCGAGCAAAUCAGAUACCAUGCUUCGAUCGUGUUCGAUGAACAACCUCGACCUAAGUUUUGACGACCGCGCGUUCGACGGUAUCGUGAAAACGUCGUUUACAGUUAAUUACGACGAGUGGAACUUCACUCUGACAGUAAAUCUCCAUAGUGUAUCAAACCUGCCGACAAAGGCUCAGGCGUGUAAUGUAUUCGCUACAGUUUGUUUAAUGCCAGAUACCAAUGAAAAGAGACAAACGAAAGUGCUACCUUGUGUCGGCGACAACGUUUGUUUUGAAGAACAGUAUACUUUUCACAAUGUGCGAAAAAGGAUUUUGGAAAACGGUACAAUCAGAAUUUCUAUUUAUCGACAGAAAAGAAGUAUGAAGACUAAAAAAGACAGCCUUUUGGGUGAACUUUUUCUGAAGUGUUCGGAUGUAGAUAUGCAAUGCAAUAUUCCGACCCGCUUUAGCAAGCUUGAUGCCCCUCGGAAACGUCUCACCAGAAUGAGUACGUCCGAAAAACUUCUUCACAAAAAUCUGGGCGAGUUUUUCGUUGACCUCCAGUAUCAGUCCUUAGCUGACCGACUGAAGGUGUUCGUACGGAAGGCCAUACAACUACCCCCUAGUGACCGACUGAUGGUCGUCAAACCAGCUCAUUACGUGGUAGUAAAGUUGAUCCGAGACGGGACAGUGGUAGAAGUACAGAAGACUCGCACAUCCAGUGGCCGAAUUGCUGUGUGGAACGAAGCCUUUCUUUUCCACGUGGACAAAAACCUCGACUCGUACUCACUUGAGUUCCUCAUCAUGAAAGGGAAAUUCCACAAAAAGGACCUUGUCGUGGGCAAAGUUGAGAUAGGACCCAACUGUAGCAGACGUGGACGAGACCAUUGGAAUAGUAUGAUACGCCCACGGCCUGUAGAUGUCGCCAAAUGGCACAGUAUUCUGCCUGUUUUUGCAUACUGAACGUUUUGUUUGUUAAACUUUAGGCUGAGUAAUACUGCCAAUAUACAAUGUAUAUAGAAAGUAAACACAUCACCCGAUAUUCUGUACAUAUCCCCACGGACUUGGAUAACAUGUGUAACUAAGUCCGUGAUAUCCCUCUUCAAAGUCUUCUACCCCAAAGUGUCAUCGGCAUAAAGACAAAGUUAACUUCCAGAUCUAGAGUGACCUUUGAACUUUGUGAUGAAUGUUUAUGGUGUGUUCUUUGUGUUGUAAACGGUUCCAGAACUCAUUCUCGUUGUCCACCUAUGCUGUAUAUACCCCAGUGUGAAACGGACAAAACGUUUAGAUUCAACAUCGACACAGUUCUCGUCUGGUUCAUCCAAGUUAAUAUAUGUGUGAAAUGUGCAUACAUCUGUAUUAAAUAAUAAAUUCGUAUGUUACUGAUCGUAUGUCUAUUGUGCAAUCCUUCACGACGAAUAAAUACAUUGAUGGAAAAUAUUA